CUGUCUUUUCCCUCCCUGCGGUGCUUAUAAACCUCAGUCCGGGAAGUUGCUACUCGCCCAGCCCUUCUCCAACCCAUCUCCCUGCCUUGAAGCCCAAGGCAACACCGAGGUGUUCGGAGCCCGAGCUCCUGGACCUGGAGGACAACUCCGCGAGGACAUCAGCCCCAGCGCCUCCCAGCCUGGGUCCUAAUGGCAGCCGAGCCACUGACAGAGCUGGAGGCUGCCAUCGAGACAGUGGUCACCACUUUCUUCACCUUCGCAGGGCGGGAGGGCCGGAAGGGCAGCCUCAGCAUCAAUGAGUUUCGGGAGUUGGUCACCCAGCAGCUGCCUCACCUGCUCAAGGAUGUGGGCUCCCUGGAUGAUAAGAUGAAGAGCUUGGAUGUCAAUCAGGACUCGGAGCUCAAGUUCAGUGAGUACUGGAGACUGAUUGGCGAGCUGGCCAAGGAAAUCAGGAAGGAGAAGGCCCUGGAGAUCAGGAAGAAGUAAAGCCCUGUGGGCUGGGCAGGGCCCGGCGGAACCUGUAUUACUCCCCAAUAAAGCUUCCCUCUAGAAACAAA